AUGGCUUCAGAUCACCAAUCUGAGACCAGGCCGCAGAAACCUAGCUAUCCGGGCAAGCCCCAGCCACAGCUGAGGCCCCAGCUGCAGCCCAGCUACCCGGGCAAGCCCCAGCCCCAGCCGAGGACCCAGCAGCCCAGUUACCCGGGCAAGCCCCAGCCCCAGCCGAGGCCCCAGCCGCAGCCCAGCUACCCGGGCAAGCCCCAGCCCCAGCCGAGGCCCCAGCCGCAGCCCAGCUACCCGGGCAAGCCCCAGCCCCAGCCGAGGCCCCAGCCGCAGCCCAGCUACCCGGGCAAGCCCCAGCCCCAGCCGAGGCCCCAGCCGCAGCCCAGCUACCCGGGCAAGCCCCAGCCCCAGCCGAGGCCCCAGCCGCAGCCCAGCUACCCGGGCAAGCCCCAGCCCCAGCCGAGGCCCCAGCCGCAGCCCAGCUACCCGGGCAAGCCCCAGCCCCAGCCGAGGCCCCAGCCGCAGCCCAGCUACCCGGGCAAGCCCCAGCCCCAGCCGAGGCCCCAGCCGCAGCCCAGCUACCCGGGCAGGCCCCAGCCCCAGCCCAGCUACCCGGGCAAGCCCCAGCCCAGCUACCCAGGCCAGCCCCAGCCCAGCUACCCUGCUCAACCCCAACCGAGGCCCCAGCGGCCCAGCUACCCUGCUCAGCCCCAGCGGCCCAGCUACCCGGGCCAGCCCCAGCUGAGGCCCCAGCAGCCCAGCUACUCGGGCCAGCCCCAGCCAAGCUUCCCUGCUCAAUCCCAGCCUGAGCAGCCCAGCUACCUGGGCAAGACCCAACUGAGGCCCCAGCAGCCAAGCUACCUGGGAAAACCCCAGCAGCCCAGCUACCCGAGCAAGCCGAGGCCUCAUCCUCAGCUUCAUCUCCAGGCCAGGCCAGAGCAGCCAAGCUUUGGCAUGACCAAACGCAAAGCCCAUGUUUGA